AUGAACUCCGAAGACGAAAACAAAGAAAUCAUCAUCGCCAAAGUUACGGCGAUGGUGGUUCUCUUUUCGGCAUCGACCAUUUGUGGCUUGGCGCCCUUCAAACUCUCCAAGUGGUUCAAUUGGGGCGAUAACAAUACAAAUACCGGCGCCAGUAAAGUUGUUGCGUUGCUUUUGAGUUUCGGUGGAGGCGUCUUGUUAUCCACUACUUUUUGUCACUUGUUACCUGAUGUACAGGAAAAUAUCCGAAAGUUACAGGAAAAGGAAAUGUUUCCGAUUUUACGUUUUGAUGCUGCGCCAUUGCUACUUUGUGCGGGAUUUUUCAUGGUGUACUUUAUCGAAGAAGCUGUCCAUUGGUACAUGCAUAAGCGUGAACAUGACAUGGCCUUGAAAGCAGAAAAGGCUGAAAAUGCCUUUCAACGGGGCAGAUCGAGUAGAAAUAGCAUGAUGUCACACAACAAGAAAAAACUGUCGGAUGCUGAAAAUCCUGAAAAUGGAAAUGGUGUUAAAACGGAACUCGAGCAACCGGAAGUUGAGAAUGAAAAUUUCAAAAAAUACGAAGAUUUGCAAGAACAUCACGACAAAUAUCAUCAUAACCCAAAUAUGCCGCAUAGUCAUAUUCCGCAUGAAGAAGAUUCGUUUUCGUCAAAUAUGCGAGGAUUGUUAAUUGUGCUCGCACUGUCGAUCCACGAGCUGUUCGAAGGUUUGGCAGUGGGACUCGAGAGUAGUUCAUCGACUGUGUGGUACAUGUUUGGAGCUGUAUCGGCACACAAGUAUGUCAUUGCGUUCUGCAUUGGGGUCGAAUUGGUGGUGAAUAAGACAAAAACGUGGCUCGGGAUCACGUACAUCUUGAUUUACUCCUUUGUGAGUGCUUUGGGCAUCGGAAUCGGAAUUAUUUUGGUGAAUGGCACGAAUGCCGAUGACAUGGAAGUUCCUUCGGCCAUUUUGCAAGGAUUGGCGGCAGGAACUUUACUUUUUGUCGUGUUCUUUGAAAUUUUGUGCAAAGACAAGUCGGGAUUGCCACAAUUUCUAGCAGUGCUCGUGGGAUUUGUUGCUAUCUUCGGCAUUCAAAUUUUGACUGAACCUGCCAAUAAAACCGUUACUUAAAUUUAUUUAUUUAAAAAAUACUC